UUUUAAGUUCCUUUUAUAAGCUCCAAGGAGAUGCCCCCUCUCAUCAAGUUUUCAACAUCCGUUGUGCCGCAACUGAGAAUCACCAUCAUCUACCGUUCAUUUCAAUCAUCAACCGAUGACUAUGCUGAACUGAUCCAAACUUACAUUUGUGAUCGCGCGUUGCACAAAGGAAAGGCACUCCAUGCCCACCUGAUCAUCAAUGGCUUGGCUAAAUCAUACUUUUUGGCCGCUAAGCUCCUGACUUUUUAUACAGAAUGCAAACAGCUAUCCAACGCUCAAAAACUGUUCGAAGAAAUUCCCGAAACGAAUAUCCGGCGAUGGGUUGUCCUCAUUGGGGCGUACGCUCGACGUGGGUAUUACGAAGAGGCCAUGAAUGGUUUCUCUGAGAUGCUAAAAGAAGGCCAUAAGCCUAACAAGUUUGUGGUUCCCAGCAUUCUGAAAGCCUGCGGGCAUGUGUCUGAUAAAAGAACAGGAGAGAAGUUACACUGUGCGAUCCUAAAACAAUCAGUUGAAUGUGACGCUUUUGUUACUAGUGCGUUGAUUGAUAUGUAUUCGAAAUGGGGACUAGUAGAAAAAGCACGUCAAGUCUUUGAUGGGAUGGGGGAGAAUGACUUAGUCGCCAUGAACGCCAUGGUUUCGGGCUAUGCUCAUCAUGGCCAUGCAAAAGAAGCAUUAGCUUUGGUGGAGGUAUCGCAAGAUAUGGGACUUAAGCCUAAUGUGGUCACUUGGAAUACUCUCAUUACAGGGUUCUCGCAGCAGGGUGAUAAGGAGAUGUUCUCUAAACUCUUUGAAUUGAUGAGCAUUAGCGGGGUUGAGCCUGACGUCGUAUCAUGGACUUCAGUCAUAUCUGGAUUGGUUCAGAACUUUCAAAAUGGGAAGGCAUUCGAUGCAUUUAAACAGAUGUUGGGUCUUGGAUAUUUCCCAACUUCGGCUACAAUUAGUAGUCUCUUGCCUGCUUCUGCAAUUGAAGCAAAUGUGAGGCGUGGCGUGGAAAUUCACGGAUAUGCUGUCGUGAGUGGAGUCUACGAUGAUAUAUAUGUGAGCAGUGCUCUAGUUGACAUGUAUGCAAAAUGCGGUUUCAUUUGUGAAGCAAGGAUGUUGUUUUAUCAGAUGUCUGAAAGGAAUACAGUUACUUGGAAUUCAAUGAUCUUUGGGUAUGCAAACCAUGGGCAUUGUGAGGAAGCAAUAGAGCUCUUUAACCAAAUGGAGAUACAAGAAGAAAAGAAGCUUAAUCAUUUGAGUUUCACUGCAGUUCUCACUGGUUGUGCUCAUGCUGGAAUGAUUGAACUUGGACAAAUCCUGUUCAACAAAAUGCAACAGAAGUACGGGAUCAUACCAAGAUUAGAGCAUUAUGCAUGCAUGGUAGAUCUUCUGGGUCGUGCAGGAAGACUUUCGGAGGCUUAUGAGUGGAUUAAGACGAUGCCCAUAGAGCCAGAUUUGUUUGUGUGGGGGGCGUUGCUAGGGGCGUGCAGGAAUCAUGGAAAUAUUGAUCUUGCUGAAAUAGCAGCAAAGCACUUGCAGGAGCUUGAGCCUAGCAACAAAGGAAACAAGAUGCUGCUGUCAAAAGUAUACGCAGAUGCUGGUAGCUGGAAUGAUGUUACGAGAUAUAAGAAAAUGAUGAAGAGGAAGAAAAAGAAUAAAUUUUCAGGGUGCAGUUGGAUUGGCGCUAUUUGAUCUUCAAAACUGGUUCAUAGGAAAGCUUGCAUCUAGUUCAAUAUGUUCGGAAGUAAAGCCUUAAGUUCAUGCUUUGAUGAGGUUGGGAUUCAAGAAAAACAUUAGUCCUCCUACAUUAUUCAGAGAGAAAUAGUAGUAGAAGUGUCUUAUCAUUUGUUGAUAUCAGAGAAAAGAAAAAAAAAAACUUUCCUGUUCUUUUCUCUUAAUGGGUUUGGUAUUUACCGACAUGAAAGAA